AUUGUCUGUAUCUUAAAAAGAACCCAAGAAGCAACCCAAAAUUCCCAUAUUUCCAUUCCUUAUAACAUCGGUUACAAAGUCCCACAGGAUUCUCUCCCACACCCUCUCUUUAUUACUCUCUUGUUCUCUCUCUCUUUUUUUUCAGUGUUCAUGUGUAGUAGAUCAGGUAAUAAUUGUAUCUUGUCGAACCAGCGACAUCCAUAAUAGCAAAUCAUCAAGCCACUCACCUGAUUUUUCCAGUGUCACUUUAAAGUGCAAAACUUAUAUUUCCAUUAAAUGAUGGCUGUUGACCUACACAACUUUGAGUUAUUGCUUCCUUCUCAGUUUUUCACUCCUCAAGAUAACCUUGGAUCCGGGUUGAGUUCACCUAUUGGCUCCGAUCAGCCGAGUUCAAGCUCAACAGACAGCACUCGAGAAGAAGACGAUUACAUUGGUGAGUUGACUCGCCAGAUGGCUCAGUACAUGCUUCCUGAUGAUGAUAAACUUGAAAAGUCAUGGGGUUUGGCUUGUUCACCGGAAUCAACGCUGUGGUCACAGUUUGGCUCGAACCUGGAUGGUCCAAUAGUACCAUCUAGGGAGCCAUCUCCUCCAAUGGCACCUUGGGUUGGGAAUUUUGAAAAGAUGAAGAUAACUGAAGAAACGGCAAGAUAUAACCAAGGUGAGAGAUUUUCAAGUACAUCCAAUUCAAUCCAAGUUUCUGGGGGAAACCUGAAUGCUGGAAUUCAAUCAAAACAAGCCCUUAUUGAUGAUCAAAUAAGAGCAAUCCAACUUUACAGGCUUAAACAGGAGCAAGCUAUGAAGCAAAUGGAACAAAAGCCAAGGGUUAACCAUUAUCAUCAAAGCAAAGGAAGAGUGUUCGGUGGGUUUAACGAUGGCCAAAAAGCCGUCACUAACUCUAAUAAUCCCUGGUAUAAUCUGCAACAGCAGCAGCAACAACAACAACAACAACAACAAAGCAACCAACAAGCCGGUUCUCAUAUGAGAGCGGUUUUCCUGAAUGCAUCCGGUUCAAGAAAUGGUUCUUGUGGAACCGGGGUAUUCUUGCCUCGUGGAAUAGGAGGAACCCCUACUGAGUCACGCAAGAAACAAGGAUGUGCCACAGUUCUGAUUCCUGCAAGAGUAGUACAGGCACUGAAGCUCCACUUCGAGAAAACAGGUGUUCCAACAAGGUCCAGUAAUAGUGCUUUUCCCGUACAACACGAUGCUUGUGUAAGUGGGAGGAAUAAUAGCAUGCAUUCACUGCAAAAGAAUCAGUCCAAGACGGUGCCGGCUUUGAACCAUCAAGAAAUGAAUCUACCUCAAGAAUGGACAUAUUAAAAUAACAAUCCCCUCUGCCUCUCUCAAUCAAAGCUAAAUGUAUGAAGGGAACAAUACAAAACAAGUUCAAGGCAGAAUAAAAGAGGAAAAAAAAGCCAAAAUAAAAUACAGACAGUGGUCAAAAUAUAGGGAAUCUAGGGUUAAGAAUAUGUAUUUUUCUUCUUCACUUUCCCCCUUGUUUUAAAGGGUUUUAAUUUAGAUGGGAAAAUAAAAUAAAUUUGCUUUAUGACAAUGAUGGGUACAGACAGUCUUUGUACCUUCCUCUGGCUGCAGGCUUAAGUAUCUGUAAGCUUAUUGGAGAUGUCUUUUGUAAAAUCCUUGUAAUAAAAUCAGCUAUAAGCAAUAUGAAACUUCCUUUGGUUUCUCAAA